AUGCUAGUGUUCACUAAUCCAGAUUUGAUUAUGUCCGGUGCCAAGACACAAUUGGCCGAUUCCUCUACAUCGCCUCCGCUUAGUGAAAACCGACGGAUAGACUAUUCGGGUCUGAAAUACUCGUACGGUGACGGGUCGGACGACGAAGGCUCCUCACUGGCGUCCGAGCUGCCGUCAUGCGUGUACGCAGCGGCGCGGGGGCGGCUGCAGCUACCUCUUGCCGCCUACGUGCACCAGCAUACCAGGCAGCUACAUACAGAAGCACUACUGGAGGCGUCGGCGGAGCCAGAGUUCCAGUGCAGCGGCUCCCCGUACAGAGUGCAGCGCGCGGCGGCCAACGUGCGCGAGCGCCGUCGCAUGCUGAGGUCCGGCCCCAAUGGCAGUAUAAACUCGGCGUUCGAUGAGCUGCGUGUGCACGUGCCGACGUUCCCCUACGAGAAGCGGCUCAGCAAGAUCGAUACAUUGAGGCUCGCCAUCGCAUACAUAGCUCUACUGAGAGAGGUACUCGAUGCUGAAUACGACCCCCUGACGUAUGUGGAAAAGUGUCUGCGCGGAGAAAUCAAGGCUGAUCGUGCACAUUGGAACACUAGUGAUCUCACAGCUCGACUGUCCUGGAUCAACUGGGAGAAUUUGGGAGUUAAUCCACAGCGCCGCAGUGUCCUCACCUCUUUGGCUCUAAGUUCUGACAACUUACAGUUUUCCCAUAACUAA